ACGCGCCGAGCGCCCGUUCUGCUCCAUUCUCGACUGACUCUCGACGGACGGACUCUCGAGAUAAGGUGUGGCCUGCGGGGAGCGAGCGAGAACGACUAAACGAGAGCGGAAUCGAUCAGAGAGGAAGAGAGAAAGAGGACAAAGUCUUUUUCAUAUACUUGCGAAGUGUCUCUUCUUCUUCGAGUUGAGGAAAUCUGCCCAAGGGGGAUAUCUUGGACUUGGGAGCGAUGUUGAAGGAGUUCGUGAGGUGAGAGAAACACAGAGAGUGAGGGAACGAACGUCUCACGCUCGAACGGAUACGGAAACGUUGAUCGCGGAGCGGAGAUCCAUCCGCGUACGUACACGACCGUUAGUUUCGAACUACACUCUGAAGGCGGGAGCGAGUGCGUUUGACGAGCCCGUUGUGGUGGCGCGCGAAUGUGCGAGCGACAAGGAUGGAACCACCGUUGUUGGCGCGCCGUGACGAUAGAGCGAGCUCGCGCGAGCACCGAGGCUCAAGCGCGAGGUAGAGCGGGUCGGACAUGUAUUUCCUGAACGGCGAGCGUAAACAUUCCGUAACAGCCGUGCCGUUAAUUGGACGCGUCGUCUUGAUUCACGAAAGGAUCGAUAAUCGGGACGAGCUGGCGGCGGUAACGGCAGCGGUGGCGACGGCGACGACGACGGCAGCGGCGGUGCUGGUGAUGGUAGUGGUGGCAACAGCUUUGAGAGAGGAGGAGAAAGAGGAGAAGGAGAAGGAGGCGGAGUAGACCCAUACAUAUACUCGACGUAGUGUCGCAGGAAAUGAUGGCAACGCGUGAGAACUCAUCGGAUCGCGCCGUCGACGGGUGAACGUCGGCGCGAUCGUUCUCCGGAUGAGGCCAUCGAGAAACGCGUUCUGCCACUCAAUUCAAAGUGCCAUUUCGUCAUAUCUAGUAAAGUAUUAAUCGUAGUAGACGCUCGUAACGGAGACGCGUGUACGCGUAUCCACUACGGGUCACACAGGCGCGCGCGCGCGUUUUUAUGUACAUACACUCGGCUCCGUCGUGGAGGACGCGCAACGACGAGGCUGACGACUUCCUCGUCCCGAUGGGCGACGGACACUGUUUUGACGUUUGCCGUGUAAUUGUGAAAUCAAUGUGUCAGUACCUAGAAGCUUCUCGGAUGACGGCGAGCGAGGAUCGUCGUUGGAGCAAUCGUCGUAGCAGAACGAUGAUGCCCUGACAAUACCGUCACGUAUUGUUUCUCACGGUGCAGUACCGAGAAAUGACAGAACUUCAAUGCUGUAGAGGCUCAAGAAUAUCUUUGUGAGAGAUACAAUUCUCAGUGAUUGAAGAAGGAUCAUUGAGCUGGGAAGCUUGCUUUUUGUAAAACAAGACAGCAUUGUCAUCUGCUUGAGAGAAAUAAAAGGCUGCAGAAGAAUACAAGAUGCCAGGCAGCGGUGGUGUGAUGGAGGAGGAUUUCCUAGAUCCAGAAUGGCUGUUUAGAGAGCUUAGAUCGCAGAAUGGUCCCAAUAAGCUUCUUAUCCUAGACUGCAGAGCCCACUCAGAUUUUUCCGAUGCUCAUAUAAGAGGCUCAGUAUCCUUGGCCAUACCCAGCAUCAUGUUGCGAAGAUUGGCUGCUGGUAAAGUGGACCUCUUGUCCACAAUAAAGUGCUUAGAUCUGAGAAACAGAGUGGAGGUGUUUCUGUGCGGAGAUGAAAGCAAUAGAGGAACAUUUGUACUAAUCGGUGACUCUACAGAUCCUUCAGGUCAUCAAGGUGAAACGAUACAAGUUUUGAGCCGGAGACUUAAAAGCAGUGGUGGCAAUGUUGCUAUUUUAAUUGAUGGUUUUGGAGCGUUCAGAGAUAGAUAUCCAGAAUGGUGUGAAGGUAGUCAAGCUAAUAAUGAAUGUGCCCCAGGUCAGGACAAUAAUGAUGGCGAAUUAAUGGGCCUUAGAUCCCUUCGGAUAUCCACUCCGCCGACUAGAUCUUAUUCGGAUUCUGACAGUGACAGUACAUGUGAUUCAGUUGGUCCCGAGGAAGAUAAAGAUUUUCCCGUAGAAAUUUUACCUCAUUUGUAUCUCGGUAACGCGGCUAAUAGCGAGGAUCGCGAGGCUUUAGCGCGGCACAGGAUACAGUACAUACUCAAUGUGACACCGGAUUUACCAAAUGUGUUUGAAAGCGCUGGUUUAAUAAAGUAUAUGCAGAUACCAAUAAGCGAUCAUUGGAGUCAGAACUUGGCUAGUUUCUUCCCCCAGGCAAUUCAGUUUAUAGAAGAAGCACGGAGCUCGGACAAGGGAGUGCUGGUUCAUUGUUUGGCCGGAGUAUCGCGAUCUGUCACGAUCACCGUGGCUUAUCUCAUGCACAAGUGUAGUCUCAGCUUGAACGACGCUUUCAACCUAGUACGUAGUAGAAAGUCCAAUGUCGCACCGAAUUUUCACUUUAUGGAACAAUUGCAUAGCUUCGAGAGGGAAUUGAGGGAUCGAGGAGGGGAUCGGCAAAAAAAUAAAAACAAUGAUCAGAGGUGUAUCGGGGCAUGCCGGCCUGACGGGCCUUGCAACUGUCCGGCACCCAGCUUCCUGAGUCCCAUUGAUCUAGGUCUCAGUCCUGAUUCGGGAAUCGAAUUCGACAGAUGGGCGGCGAGCACCCCAGCCGAAUGAGACGGGCCUGGGGGGACCCAAUAUAAAUUUUAGGUCCCUCCGUCACACACGUCUCCUUAGAGGAAAAAUCCUGAUUGAAAAGUGGUUACGAUAACGCGCUUUAUCAUUCUGAUAUGUGAAAGACGAGCAUCGAAAUCCGCCCUCUUCCUUUCUACCGUUAUAUCUUCAGAUAUAAUAGAAUGUUAGACACACGUUUGGCAAAUGCCAAGAUGUAGUUUUUAGAGGUAUCCAAAGUUAGUUACUACGCUGGCACUUUUCUUCUUUUUAAUUUCUUGUUUCUUUUUGUCGAUUCUCUCAUUCCUAACAUGACUAUAUGACGCUAUGAAUUAACGAUACGUAAAUCAUUUAAAUUCUUAUUACAAAAUGAAUUCUAAAAGGAUUAGCUUUUAAGAAUAUGCAGCACUCGUUCAAUACUCAUCAUAACUGUAUAUUACAAUGGAUGAAAAAUUUGUAAAAUAAUUUCUAAGGAUUUUUUUUUUAAUUGAGUUUUUUUUAGUACUAUUACGUGAUUAUAAUUGCUUAAUGUAGUAACGAAACAUGCGGAGAAAUUUUCGACAAAAUUUUGAAAUAAUAUAGGAAUGAGAGAAUUAAUAUGCUUGAGAAAAAGAAAAUAUAUUUUAAAAAAUUAUCUUUUUGUUAGAUAAUUAGCUUUUCUGCGUAUACAUAAUGCAUUGCAAAAUAUACUUGCAGCGGUGAAGCUUGUCUAUCUUGUUGAAAUUUUCAAUUACGAUGAUUUGGCACGUUACGUUACGCCAUCGAAUCAUGAUAAUAUGAUGCGGUCGUGUUGUGACUUAUGGGGAGGUUAGAAGAUGUGACACUUUUCAUGUCCAAAUGUGUAAAAAAAAAAAAAGAAAAGUUUACAAUUCUCCUUUCUAACUUGUCGUGGCAGCAAUGGACACUGAAAGUAUUUUAUAAAUGAGGUUCCGUAAUUUCUCAUCGUGCAACAGUUGCGUCGUAAUCAUAAUUGUACAAUUCUGAUGUUAUGCUUCCAAGUUUCGAGAAACCCUUAGUGUACAUGAUUGUAAACGGUAUGUAAGAUAUAUCAGGAUUCAGGCACUGUAUAUUCGCGAGAUAUGACAUAAUAUACUGUCAUAUCGAGAGAAAAGAGAGAGAGAGAGAGAGAGAGAGAGAGAGAGAGAGAGAACGGUGUAUGUGAGAGAGAAAGUUCUAAAACAUAUAUACAUAUAUAUAUAUAUAUAUAUAUAUAUUUUAAUACUUCUUUCCCCGAAUCCUUCAAUUAAUGAGGCUGUGUUUAUUUUAUCGCAAGCGAUGUUUCAUGCGCGAAGUAAUCUCUAAAUGACGAGUUCCCACCAGGCAAUUACAAGUAUAGUCAAAGAUAAACAUCACCGCUUAGUAUACUAAGUUUCGUGGUACAAAAUUAAAAAAAGCUCUUAUAUGUGUAUAUAUAUAUAUAUAUAUAUAUACACGGGGACGAAUUUAAGCGGAAUUUUUUUCACACAACCAAGAAUGAUCCCCAAAAAUUUUUUCGCUGAAGGAUCGAAUCGUUUGUUCAUACCAUAGUCUUAUUAAUAUUACUAAGAAAGUGUCGAGCAUUUUCUUUUGGAAAUAAGCGUUUUCGAAUUUGCAAAAGCCCGAAGUUCCGCGUUCAAACUUCUUAAAUCCGUCCCCGGAAUCUUUUAUUCAUCUGGUAUUUUGUAUACAGUUCGAAAUAGUAAUUUUCAAAAUAGUUUGACGACAUACACUGAAGUGACUUAUCUCGCCAAGGAUAAUCGCCUCAAUGCAUUUUGACCUUCGAGAUGCGCGAAAGGUAUAUGCACGUCGCCUCAGGUACAUAUGCCAGUAACUUAAGUUUAAGGGAGGACAUACAUCUUAGAAAUCAGUGCAUUUCUGUAGGGCAUUCCGAAUCUCUUCUGCUCAUGAGAAAAGCCAGGUUUGUCACCACUACAUAUAGAGAGCGAAAUUAGGAAAAUCAAUGUCCGAGCCACUCGGAAUGAUAGAGAUGAAGGCGUUACUUAUUAUUUUCAUUCUUCAUCAAUUUGGAAUGCAAAGCGUUAAAAUCGGCUAGAGAAAAUUUAAAAAGUUAGAGUAUUAUUAUUGUAUUAAUAGAUACAUUUGAAAUAUUUACAAAAAAAUCGUUUUUUAAAGAUCUAUUUCAAAUUUUUUAACUCGUUUAUCAUUAAUACUUUAGUUUCAACGAUUAAUUCACUCUUUUUUUUAUAUCCGA